AUGUCGAUAUCAACCGAGCCUGACACUACACAGGAUCAGGAACCCAUACCUAGCUAUCAUGAAGUUUCUGAAGAUCCCACACCAGUCUAUAAAUUUGGCGGAGACGAUGAUAUACCUACCACGGUGUAUUUCCACCCUCGUCCAUUAGAUUUCAACCUUCAAUACAAUAUGGAACCGCGCUUACCUCUAAGUAGAAUAUGCGAUACGGUCAUUCAUAGUGGUACAUAUCAAGAUUGGAAGGAGAGUGAAAUUUCAAUACAAUAUUAUACCGACCAAUCGAUGAGGCUUUUAUAUAACUCUUUAGUAGGUCAUUAUGAGGAUUACAAGGCUUAUAGAAGAGACAGAAAUGAUUAUGAAAAGUCGAUUGAGAAUGUUACUGAUCGAUGGAGAAAUAGGGAUUACACGGGUCAGCCUUGUAGACUGAUAUCAGUGGAUGGGCAAACAAUGAAGGAUUUGAAGUCUAUUCAGAAAAAGGUGAAUAAAGAGCGAAGUAGAGGAUGUUUGAACUAUUCUAUUGGGGAUCCUAAGGAGACCAAUGCCAGUUUUGAGUUGAUGCCUCUUAUCAGACGAUGGUCAAGUAAUAUCAGUAUGCAAGAUGACGAGCAAGGCGGGUCAACAGCGCAAGCUCAGAGUCAGGUUUCGGAAGAGAGUGGCAAAACCUCCGCGUCAAUCAGAUUCUACAUUAAUUAUUCAAGCGAUCUCUCAAUUGUUCAGAAGGACCGAGAUGACUUAGAACGCCUGGCUGGCAGUCUGGGCAAACUCACUUUCGCAUCUGAUAAGCAAGAUAUGGAGUUGAUGGCUAAGUCUAGAGGGUUCUCGAUCCAUAAGGUUUCGAAGGAAGUCCUGGAUGGGUUGGUUUCUUGUGAGAGCGAGACACGAAGUAAGGAGUAA